GGCCAGCCUCUGUACUCCAGUGCGCAUGCGCAUGUCACUCACGGGUCUCGAGCGGUUUUGUGGUGUUUAUCUUCAGCGGUCCUAGUGCAUAACAUCACUUUCGAUAUACUGAUGAUCGACGAAGGUUGCAUAAAGUGAAGGUUAUACCACCAUUCAGUUAUAUGAAGAGUGAGUCUCAAUGGCAGAGCCACUCCCUUCAGGAUUACUUGAAGCAUGUGUUGUUGUUGGACUUUCAAAUGAUACAUUGAAAGAGGUGUGUGAGUCUCUUCUGCAGGUGAAUGAAAGUCCUUUACUUCUCGAUCCCGAGGUCCUUCAGGUUCAUGCACCUCCAUUUGUGACCAAAGGGAGAAUCAAUGAACCAGGGAUGGGAAGGUUCAGCCACACCCAGCGACGGUUUUCCUUCAUUAAGAAGAAGAAUGACAGACCCCUGAACAAUGCAGGAAAAGUUAAGGAGGAAGCCGCAGAGGACUUCAACGUUCCUAAAGACCUGGAUCUAGCGGCCCUGCCACAACUUUGCUUUCCAGGAGGGCUUUCUGUAUCUCAGGAGCAGCAGGAAGAACAAUUCCACUUUCUGGUGUUUACUGACGUCUUUGGAAACCAGUCACAUGGAGUAGUUCUCCAGUACUAUAGACCAGUACAGAAAUGGAUUUUCCAGGAGCGGAUGCUGAAUGGGCAUCACCCUUCCUCUAAAUCUCCACAAAUUUACAGUGCUUAUGGGAUUUGCAUCAUAUCAAAACACCCGUAUUACAACACUCUCAAAGACUGCCUGUCUAGCCUCUUGUGUCGACUCAAAAUCUGUAAAAAUACUGAUAUGGAAGAGGAAGUAAAGGAAUUCUCUGCUAAACUGGCUCUGGUGCCAAUUCCUCCCCCUGGUCAACUGCACGUGAUGUUUACUUUGUCCCCUCUCACAAUUGUUCUUCCAUCCAGAGAAGAUAAAAAUUAUCCUGUUAUUGACCUGGAUCUUCAUCUUCCGCUCCUCUGCUUCGAGUCCAGGGAGCUGCUGCAGAUCAUAACCAGUAUACUCACAGAACAGCGUAUGGUGUUCUUUUCUUCAGAUUGGGCCAAACUGACUCUGAUUGCAGAAUGCUUCAUGCUGUAUAUUCGACCCCUGCGCUGGCAGCACCCACUGGUGCCCACACUGUCCCGUCAGAUGCUUGACUUUGUCAUGGCACCGACCCCCUUCCUCAUGGGUUGCCACCUUAGUCACUAUGAGGAAGUUGCCAAGGAGACAGAUGAUCUGAUUCUGAUCAAUAUUGAUGAGGGAACAGUGUGUUGUUCAGGCAAUAAUGAUGUUGAUCUUCCAGAAGCCCCUCAGACAGCUGCUCAGUGUUUCAAGAGUCGAAGGAAAGUCCUACAGAUACACUAUGACCUUGAAGUGCUUUAUCGUGGCAUCUGUAGUGAUGUUAAUGAGCUGCGUAUGCGGAGAAGACACUGGCAACACAGACUCAAUCGGGAUAUUCAGAACAUCACCCUGGAGCUCAUCGUGAACAUGUUUAGAGAUGUUGAUGAUCAUCUGAAUUAUGAGCACAGAGUUUUUAACACAGAUGAAUUUCUAAAGACCCGGGAACCAGCAGACCAACCGUUUUAUAAAAAGGUCUUGGAAACACACAUUUUCCACUCCUUCUUGAAAGACCAUUUGAAUGGAAAGUUGAAAGCAUUCACCAGAAUGGAGAGGAACACUCGGACAGAAGACCAAAAACGAAAAGCAUCAAUGGAUUUCUCUCAUAGACGCACUAUAAAGGAGAUGAAAAAUGAUUGCCAAGACAGCGGUCUAAGUAAACGUCUGGGCACAAGUCUUCCUAACCUGGGCGAUGAGACUCAACCAAGUUCCCUUAAACAGACAUCUCCGACAUCUCCAACCAUUCCUGAAAUAACUCUAAAUAUACCAGCCAGACCAGUAAAGAUGUUCAAACUGGCCCAUUUCCCUCCUCCCUUGAGCUGCUACCAUGUGUGCCUUUACUUUGGAGAUCUUGUCCUCCUGCUUAACAGAGCCAUAUCAGCCACCCCACCUGAUGACUCCAGCCUGCUCGCCAGGUACUACUACCUGCGAGGCCUUGUCAACAUGCUGAACUCUAAACGCUUGGAUGCCCUCAGUGACUUCCAGACCCUCUACAAAACAGAUAUUGAGAUUUUUCCACAUGAGUUGGUAAGGGUGUUGGUGGACUCUCUGCACGUAGAGGAGAAAGCCCAGGCAGAGAAGAGAUCUGAGCUCAGGCCACUCAUUUCUAAGGCGAGGACCAACGAUAAGAGUGAACGUAUAGACUCAGAUGAUCGGGUUAAGAAGUUUCAGCUUCCCAGGACGCCAAUGCAGUUGGAAGAGUUUGUGAGGUGCACUCAGGAAUCUGGCAUUGUGAGGGAUGUGGCUACUGCCCAGAGAUUGUUUGAGGCUCUUACAGUCGGUGAGCAAAAACAGAUUGAUCCGGAGACGUUCAGAGUGCUUUACACCUACUGGAAGGAGAGCGAAGCGGAGGCACAGGAUCUUCAGCUGCCCGCUGAGGUCCUGGAACAUCUGGACAACAGCGAGUGUGUGUACAAGCUGUCCAGCUCUGUGAAGACCAGUUAUGGUGUUGGUAAAAUUGCUAUGACCCAGAAGAGGCUGUUCCUACUGACUACAGGCAGGCCGGGAUAUGUUGAGAUCACCAAGUUCAGAGACAUUGAGGACUUGAAGAUCUCUACUGCUUCAUUUCUGUUGUUGAGGAUCCCAUCUCUAAAGAUCAAGAACAGACUGAAGAAAGAGAAAUUUGAGGCAAAUUUAAAAUCUGAGUGUGAACUGUGGAACCUAAUGGUCAAGGAGAUGUGGGCUGGGAGAAUAAUGGCAGACAACCAUAAGGACCCGCAGUAUGUGCAGCAGGCUCUGACCAAUGUCCUGCUCAUGGACACUGUGGUGGGCUGUUUACAGACACAGAAAGCCGUUCUUGCUGCCUCCAAGCUGGCGUAUUAUGAAAAACUACGCCAUGAAGUCCCCAUGAUUAUUCCCAGACCCACAGCCGAGACGCUGAAGCACAAGAUUAAUCCAUCAGAGAACAUGAGGAGCCCUCAGUCUGUUGAUGUCUUGCUGUUCAUUCCAGGUCAGUUAACUCUCUCUGCUGACCUGGAUGGGAACCCUAAGCUCUGGUGUGCUCUCAGCUGUGGGAAGGUGGUUGUGUUUGAUGCUGUUAGUUGGACCCUACAGCAACAUUGCAUUCAUGUUGGAGAAUCUUCAUUGAACUGCAUGAUGGGAUUAGAUCAGGAGCAGUUGUGGAUUGGUUCUCAAGACUCCGUCAUUUACAUAAUCAACACUCGCAGUAUGCUGUGUCACAAACAGCUGACUGAACAUCGUGGAGAGGUCACAGAUUUCGCCCUGGAGAAACUGAACCACAAUCUCAGCCCCGUGCAGGUGUUUUCCUGUAGUGCAGAUGGCACUGUGAUUGUUUGGGAUGUUCCCACUUUGAAGGUGAAGAGACAGUUUCAUCUGACCUGUGACAGAUUACAGUCCAUUCAAAUCCAUGACACCCUAUGGUGUGGUGCCAGUGAUUGUGUAAUGGAGCUGAGACAGAAUGGAUGUCUGCUUCGUAAGAUUUCUCUCCUAGAUGCAAACAUCCAAGCCAGUGUCUUUAGCAGGAUCACAUUGCACUUAGAGCGAAAACAGAUCUGGACGAGUUUCGCAGACUCGGCCGAGCUGUGCAUAUGGGACACAUCCGACCUAACUAAAGCACCUAAACAGGUCACACUUCCUGGUUGUUGUCGGGUCACCUGUAUGAUCAAGGUCAAAGAUCAGGUCUGGAUCGGCUGUAACAGUGGUGGGACAGGACUCAGCAAGGUUGUGGGAAAGAUCUUUGUGUUGGACUCUGAUAGUCUGAUGGUUGAGAAGGAGCUUGAGGCUCAUGAAGACUGUGUUCAAACGCUGUUCUCAGCUGAGGACCGAUAUGUUUUCAGUGGCUCCGCAAGUCUUGAUGGCAAAAUUGCCAUUUGGAGAGUCGAUUAAACCAGCUGAUAUUUUAAUGUCCAUUAAAGGGACAUUCCACUUUUUUUUAGAAAAUAUGCUCAUUUUCCAGCUCCCCCAGAGUUAAACAUUUGAUUCUUAUGUUUGGAAAUCCAUUCAGCUGAUCUGGGGGUCUGGCGUAAGCACUUUUAGCAUAGCUUAGCACAAUCCAUUGAAUCUGAUUAGACCAUUAGCAUUGCACUAAAAAAUAACCAAAGAGUUUCAAUAUUUUUCCUUUUUAAAACUUGACUCUUCAGUAGUUACAUCGUGUACUAAGACAGACAGAAAAUUAAAAGCUGCGAUUUUCUAGGCAGAUAUGGCUAGGAACUAUACCCUCAUUCUGGCGUAAUAAUCAGUGACUUUGCUGAUGUAACAUGGCUGCAGCAGGCAUAGUGUUAUUACGCACUGCCCGAAAAUAGUCCCCUUGGUAACUUUCAAUGGCAGGGGACUAUUUUUGGGCAGUGUGUAAUAUCACUAAACGGUAAGAUUCAAAUGUUUAACUCUAGGGGAGCCGGAAAAUGAGCAUAUUUUCAAAAAGUGGAGUGUCCCUUUAAGGUGCAUUCGAAUUUAUAAUGUGCAACUACACUGCCCUUUAAUGAAAUGUUUCUGUUGAGAAAAGCUCUGUUACACAUAUCGCUGCUGAAAAAAAACAGCAUCAAACCAGCAUGGGAAUUAGGCUGGUCUAUGCUGGUUUGAUGCUGGUUUAGCUGGUGGUCACCAGCAUACCAUCACCAAAACACAACAUAUGCUGUUCUUGCUGGUAUGACCAGCGUGUGAUGCUGGUGCUAAUGCUGGUUUGGUGCUGGUUUAGCUGGUGCUAAUGCUGGUGCUGAUGCUGGUUUAGCUGGUGUUCACUAGGAAACCAGCACCAAAACACAACAUAUGCUGGUCUUGCUGGUAUGCUGUUUUUUCAGCAGGGAUGCACUGUUUUGUAUUUGUUUUAAGUGUUUCUGUUAAUUUAUUGAAAGGCAGAAUUUUAAGUAAUCCAUCAAAUUCGUUAAAAUAUUAUUUUUGGUGUAUUACUUUUUUUUUUAAACCCAGUUUGACCUGAAAUGUCCAGUUUAAUGCACUACAUACACACUUGCCCUUUUAAAUGUGUCAUGUAACCCCAUCAGGCAUUCGAAUAGUGCUGCUUGUAAUGGUUUUGAGUUAAGCUAACCUUUUCUUAGCCAAUGUUGACACUACUCUGUGAGGACUUCGAAAAAAAAGAUUAGGUGGUUUUUAAUACUCAGUUAAACAAUUUAGGGAGUGAACCAGCUAUUACAAGGUUGUUUGAAAUAGUUCAGCAUCACAAAUCAAUAGGAUUGCUCAGAUCUCUGUGUUAAAUACUGUAUCGCACUGAAUAUAAUUUGUAUAUAAGCUCUCAAUACUUGUGGCUCUAAAUAAAUAACAAUAUAUUUUGUAGAAGUAAACAGUGCUUUUGAAGUCCCUUCUUAUUCCGAAACAGCUGAAUAUAAAAUUGGGUGAGGUUUGUGGCACUGACAUGCUCACAAUUUCCUGAAAAUCCCCAGAUCAAAGAGUUGAGGUCUGUAUACAUUGCCUGAGGAUGGACGGCAGCCUUAAUGAGUAGAUUGUGUAACAGUAUGGCAGUCCUUGUGGUGCUUCUGGAGUGGCUUCUGUGAUUUUAUGCAGAAGGUACUCAUCUAUCGUAUAUUCAUUUCAGAUGUUUUAGGUGGAAAUGUAUUGCAAAUGUGACCUGACUUAGAUUAAUGGAUGAGAUUGGGUUUGAUUUCACUAUAAUUUCAAUUAACUAUUAAAGAUAUAUUUUCACAGAUUAUUCUGUACAUUAUGUAUGUUGAUUUUAUAUAGAAAACAAUAAAUCACAAAAAAAAAAUACUUUAGCUGGGUUUUCACAGUUAAGUCUCCACAAUGGGUAAAGAAAAAAAAAAGAUUAAAUUGAAUUCAAUAAAACAAAUACUAUGAUAUAAUUAAAUAUAAAUAUUGAGGAGUUAUGUGUAAAUGUGUGCUUUACUGUCCUAACAAUGUAAUUGUCUGAAACAUUGCCUUCUUUAUUGGAAACAAUAUGGCCCUGUAAUGUUCU